AUGAGGUGGCGUUGCGUCACAGGCGGUUUACUUGUGGUCAUGGGCCUGGCAGUGGUCCACGCCGCGCUCGAACAUGACGAGCCCAUCAUCGGCGUCGAUUUGGAUGGCAACCUUUUCAUCAAUACCUCAUCAUCAGCGGAUGGACAUACACGCCGCCUGCUGCUGAAUGGGGUCGACGUGCUUCGAGAGCUCACUGAGCUGCGCCAAAAGUGUGCUGGCAACGUGCCAAGAACAACAACGACGGCGCCCAGCACCGUAGCCGCUUCUACAGCCAUGCCUGUGAGCUACACAGGCACGGUCGGCUGUCAGCUCGAGAGUGUGCCCUCAAAUGUGACGCAUCUCUUCGGCAACGUCAGCCUGAGUUUCUGUCCACUCCUGACGGCAGAGAGUCUGAAAGUUUUUAACGAGCUCGUUUACGUCAGCGGAGACUUGAAAAUAGAACUCAAUACGAACCUGACAAACGUGGACGGACUUGGAAGUAUCACUAGCGUCGGCGACUCCUUUUUCAUUAACUCCAAUGAUGCCCUGAUCAAUGUGGCUGGGGUUGGAAAUAUCACAAGCGUAGGAGGCGACGUGGACAUAAGAUACAAUGAAGCCCUGGUCAAUGUGGAUGGCCUGGGAAGCAUCACCAGCGUCGGCGGCUACUUAUCUAUCUUUUCCAACCCCGUCCUAGACAACGUGGAUGGUCUUCGAAGCAUCACCGACGUGGGUGGCUAUUUGUCCAUCAGAGCUAAUGCCGCCCUGACCAACGUGGAUGGACUUGGAAGCAUCACAAUCGUCAGGGGCUACUUGGGCAUCUACGGCAAUGACGCUUUAACCAAUGUGGACGGUCUUGGCAAUAUCACCAGCGUCGAGGGAACCUUGCACAUUUGCUCAAAUUCUCAACUUGACACAUCAACAGUCCCAGAAUCGGUUCGAUCGCUGGGUACUUGCCAAGUCAUCACCAGCGAGAACUGCAUGACUUGUUAA